UGGGGGCACGGGGGUGGAGGGGUUUGCUGGCCCAGCCUCGGUUCCUCCGCAGGCCGCGCGUCCCCCGCGCUGUCCCCACACAGCGGGAGCGGCGCGCUGAGGGGACCCCCGGGUGAGGUGGAAUUGGUGGAAUGAGGUGGAAUUAGUGGGUUUAGGUGGAAUUAAUGGGAUUAGGUGGGAAUAAAGACGGGAUCAGGUGGGUUUCCCACCCCUGGGGCUUUGGGGAGGGGGCGCUGUGUGUCCGGGGUAGGCCUGAGGCCUUUCCUUAGUGCUUACCCCCUCCAAAUCCAAGCGCAGGCGCUUUAAAAAUCUCCUUAUUUUCAGCUAAAACCUUCUUCCUUCCUGUUGUAGCAACGCGUCUAAGAGAGUAUUUCUAAUGUAGUCACCUAAUUACUGCUCACUCCCUAAAGGAACUUCAGGAGCUGAGUAACUCUGGAUGCAGCCGGGCCGAAUUCCUCCCGAGAAGGGAACUGCAUGGCUGGGAAGAUCAAAGCCUGGGCUCAACGUGGCCAGGGUUACUUUUAAAAAGAAGCUGUCACUGCUAAGCCAGGAGAAGCCUUUGAAGAGAAGCCAGUCCUGUCCCAGGCUGGAGCAGAGCCCUGGGGAGGAGCAGAGCCGGAGCUGUGCCAGGGAUUCCUGCAGCAUGUCCAAGCAGGGAGACGACUGCUACUUCUACUUCUACUCCACCUGCAACAAGGGAGACUCCUGCUCCUUCCGCCACUGCGAGGCGGCGCUGGGCAGCGAGACCGUGUGCACGCUGUGGCAGGAGGGGCGCUGCUUCCGCAAUGUCUGCAGGUUCAGGCACAUGGAGAUCGACAAAAAGCGCAGUGAGAUCGCCUGUUACUGGGAGAACCAGCCUGGAGGCUGCCAGAAGCACAACUGCGCCUUCCACCACACCAAGGGCCGCUACGUGGACGGGCUCUUCCUUCCCCCCAGCAAAACCACCCUGCCCAGCCCUCCCGAGGCCGCCGAGGACGAGGUGAAGCUGCAGCAGAGCAAACUCUCGGUGCAGCCCAACCCGUCCCCGCAGCUCCGGGGGGUGAUGAAGGUGGAGAACUCCGAGAGCGUCCCCAGCCCCACUCACCCCCCCGUGGUCAUCAACGCCGCCGACGACGACGAGGAUGAUGAUGACCAACUUUCUGAAGAAGGAGAAGAAACCAAAACCCCGGUCCAGCCACCCCCCACAGAAACCCACAACGGGCUGAGGGUGAUUUCCACCAGGAAAUCCAAUCCCAGUGCAAAGCAAGACGACAACUUAAAUUUCGGGAUAAAAACCUUGGAAGAGAUCAAACUGAAGAAACUCAAGGAAAAAGCCAAAAAACAAGGUGAAGGUCCUUCAGGAGUGGCUGUGGAUCCCCUCCAAGCCCGGAACAUUCCCGUGCCAGAGAAGGAAAACGUCCGGACCGUGCUGAGAACUGUGACCCUCUCCUCCAAGGAAGGGGAGGAUCCCGUGAUCCAGCUGAACCUUCCUGACAGACUGGGAAAAAGGAAAACCCUCAUGGGAGGGAAAACUUUCCUUCCCCUGAGGAGGAACGUUGCUGACAGGCUGGGCAGGAAGGCAGAGCUGCAGGAAAACGCAGACAAAGCCCCGAGGAGAGGCACAGUGCAAGUCCUGAAGACCCUGAAGGAGAGGCUGGGGCUGCCCUCUGAGCAGAGCAGCACUGAGACAGACAAAGGCACCAAGCCCAUCGAGGAGAUCCGAGUGAAAACCCUGGAGGAGAUCCGGCUGGAAAAAGCCAACCAGAGGCGAGGGGAGCCCCCGGGCAGGAUCCCAGGGGAGGGCAGGAAAAACGAAGAUCCCAAUCCGGCAUCCAGAGCCUCCCCGGCCGCCCGCAUCAAAUCCCUGCCGGGAGCCCUGGCAGAGAAAAACCACAAAAGAUCCGGAGAGGAGAAGGAGAAAGCCGAGGAAUUCCCCAGCAGAGCCAGAGCUGAGGCUGAUCCCAGGAAACAGAACAUUCCUGCUCCAGCAGUGCCAGGCAGGGUGCAGCUGGCAGAGCCGGGAAGAGCCAGAGGGGCCGGAGAAGUUCGGAUCAAAACCCUGGAGGAGAUCAAGAGGGAGAAGGCGCUGAGGAUGCAGCAGAGCGGGGAGAACGGCCCUGCCCCGGCUGCCCCCGCCGAGGCCGCCCUGAGGGGCAGGAAACUGCUGCGGGUCACCAAGCUCGUGGCACCUGGAAGAGAAGAAAAAAUGAUCGUGGAGCUGAACAAACCUUCCCUCAAGGGGAGCUCUGCACCUGCUGAGAAUUCAGGGAAUUCUGGAAUCCAGGUGAAGAGCCUGGAGGAAAUCAUGUGGGAGAAACGGCAGCAGAAACAGCGGCAGGAGGAGAAAGCGCAGAAGGGACCCGGCACAAUUCCAGCUGAAACCCAGGAUAAAACCCAGGAUAAAACCCAGGAUAAAACCCAGGAUAAAACCCAGGAUAAAAACCAGGAUAAAAACCAGGAUAAAAUGCCGGGAUCGGGGAGCCCCGAGCCGGCCCUGGGCAGGAGGAAAGCGGGGAAAUUCCAGGAGGAUGGAACGGGGAGCCCCGAGAAGGAUCCAGGGAAAAAGGGAGCUCAGCUGGGAGAGAGGAGAACCAGAGCCAAAUCCAAGGUGUGCCUGAAGCCUCUGGAUGGCAAAGCCCCCCCCAAGCAGCCCCUGAAGAGGAAGGGCCCCGAGGGGCCCCCCCCGGCCGUGGUGGCCGUGAAGCCACUCAGUGCCACCAGCGGGGACCCCCAGGAGCCCCCAGCCAAGGUUGUUGUUGCCAGUUCUCCAGAGGACAGCCCGGGCUCCAUCCCUCGAGGAGAGAAUUCCCAGAGCAGCCCCAAGCUGCAGGCUGGGAGCCAGGGGGGUUCCGUGGCGCAGUCGGAGGUGUCGGGAUCCUCUUCCUCCUCCUCCUCCUCCUCCUCCUCCUCCUCGCUGGAGGUGCCGCUGAAGCUGCGGCGCCUGAGCUCGGCCGGCGCCGCCAAACCGGCGCUGUCGGUGGAGGACGACUUCGAGAAGCUCAUCUGGGAGAUCUCCGGGGGAAAGCUGGAGGCAGAGAUCGACCUGGACCCCGGCAAGGACGAGGACGACCUCCUUCUGGAACUUUCCGAGAUGAUCGACAGCUGAGAGGGGGAGGAUUUUAAAAAAAAACUACAAUGUGGGGAAAAAAGAGACAAAACCAAAAAAUCCAACCUAAAAACAGAAUUCCUUCCCUCACCCCUCACACAAAUCCUGUAAAUGUUGUUGGAGCCGUGGAGGAGAUGCUUUUCCCAGCUGGAUUGUUAGGAAUAGGCAGAGUCUGCGCUGUUAUCCCGAAAUUCCGGCGGCUCCUCCAAGGACAAAGCACUUGGAGUCCCCUCAGGGGGACACGGGUCCCUCCCUGCUCCCUCCUGGACAGCAAAUCCCGAAAAUCCCGGAGUUACUGUGUCAGCUCUGGAAUUGGAGGAUGGAUGCUGCCUCCGGACUCGGAAUUGGGGGAAAUUCAGGAAAACCAGGCUGGGACAGGGAGCAGGAUUUGGGAUUAUUUGGGAUUAUUUGGGAUUUUGGACCAAACGCUGCCAGGGCUGGGAAAUGCAGGGGGAAUUUCCCUGCUGGGAUCCUGGCGUGGGCAGCCCCAGCUCCCCCUGGCUGCCGCAGGAGUUUGGGGACAGCAGGGACAGCUUCAAGUGCCUCGGGGGUCCUGAGGGUCCCUCCCUGCCCAGGGACUGGAAUGAGCCCCCCACAUCCCCCCGGGAUCGCUGUGGGAGGGAGGAAAAGCUUCUGGAAUGUUCCCCCGUGGCUGCUGCCCUUUUUCCAGCCCGUUGGGAGAUGGGAUUGGCUGGAAUCCCUGUGGGUUUCGUUAGAUUUUUUUUUUGGGUUUUUUUUGUUGUUUUUCUUCUGUAAAUAUUUUAUUCUUCCAUUUUAUAUUUGUAUGAUUCUAUUUAAGGGAUUAAAGGUAGGCUGCUCACUC